ACGCCAAAACCCAUUUUAUGCUGGACCUGGUUGGAAGAAGAGAGAACCCAUUCUCCCGGAUACUACUAAUGAUGCUCAACUAGUUACGACCGUAAAACGUCAACAAACUUAUGGUGAGAGUGGCUAUAAGAGAGAACCAAUUCUCCUGGAUGAGAAUAAAAGGAACGUAAUCCCGAUGUAA